AUGUCGAGUCAAAUUAAUCAAUACGAUUCUAGCAUUAGUGAACUCGAGUCUUUGUUAAGUCAGCUGAGUUUAACUAACGAACAACAUAACUUAGCAACUACUCUUCCUUCACUUAUUUAUGGCCUUCAAAGUUGUAAGCAAGCAAUAUCUGACACAACCUCAAGUCACGAAAUUCGUGUGCAUUGUUGGGAAUUGGUGACCAAAGCCGGUGAAAUAUGCGCAAAUUCCGCCAAAAACGCCGUCUCACGUGAUGCUAUUGGAUCUUCCGGGACUAUCGAACUUGUGACCGGGUUCCUCAAACUUAAUUACCGAAAUGAGUCUCCUUCAUCGAAUGUACAAUGUUUACGAGUUUUGGCUAAUUUAUGCAUCAAUCAUGAGAAAAAUCGACAAAAAACAUUGAAUUCCGGUGGAAUUUCGGCAAUAUUGUCGAUUUUAAAACAUAACAAUGAUUUAGACGUUCUAAGAACCGGAGCUGGUGCAUUAUUAAAUGCUGGAUUAGAAUAUGAUCCAGUAAAUAUUGAAAUUGCUCGAAUAGAUGGAUUAUCUACACUAUCAAAAAUAUUAGAGCCGAAUAAUAUACUGUUAAAUAAUAUCGAAAAUAUUGAUGCUGCACGUACAACGGUCCAUUUUACCACUCGUGUAUUUUCAAAUAUUGCGUCAUCAGAUGAAGGGAUAAAACGAUUCGCUGAUGGACGAGUGCUUUCUCCAUUGAUUCAUUUGUUGUCACACGCGUCUUCGGCGAAAGCUACAGAAGAUGAUGUCGAUAUAUUAGAGAACGUGGUCGAAAUAUUAGAGAAUGUUGCUUUAGAUAAUGAAAAGGUGCAAGAAAUAAUUGUUCGGGAAGGAUUAUUUACAAAUCUAUUAGACUAUUUAGAACAUGCUAAAUCACCCAGCGAGAAUAAUGAAAAGCUUAAGAAACAAUAUGGCGAAUGGAAGGCAGUUGUUCUGAAAGUAAUUGUCUCUACUACAAUGAGCGAUAAUAACAUGACUCCAUUAUUUGAAAACGAGAUCAUUUUAAAAAGAUUUUUUGGGUGGCUAAGUAUCGGCCCCUCGCGUGAUGAUCUUCAAAUAUGUGCUGAUACAAAUUGCGUCAAGUUGGUUCACGAAUUCAAGGUAGUUGAGUCGUUAGUUAAUGCACUCAAAACUUCCGAAAAUAAUAUUAAACUUCAGCAUGCAGUUGUUGGAAUUAUUAAAAAUUUGGCUAUACCUGUUCAAAAUAAAUCAUUGAUUGGUUCGCAUGGGAUAAUCGAACUCGUAUCACCACUAUUAGAUCCUGAAGUUAUUCAACCUAUUCAACUCGGUGUUAUUGGAAUUCUAAAACAUCUUUCAUCCGGGGAUGUUUUAAAUUCGAAGCGAAUUAUCCUCGGCGAAAAAAGUUACACUUCAGAAACCGCGAUGGAAACAAAACCUCCUACGCCUCUUGUCAGACUUUUAAUUCUGACGCAGAAAACCGAUGAUAUAUCAAUCCGAAGUGAAGGAACUCGUACACUCGUAAAUCUGAUUAAGACCAGUGUAUCUGCUGCUAAAACCCAACAAACUCAUGUUCUAGAUGUAACAACUCUACGAUCGAUAUUGAAUACAAGCGAAAUUAUUCGGCCAAUAUAUGACAUGAUAAUAGAGUCAAAAUACCCCGUCCUACAGAACGAGGGUGUUAUUGGGUUAACAUUGCUUGUGUUGGAUGAUUCUGCAAAAUCUAAAGAACGAAAUCAUACACUGUACUUUCUGACAAAUAAUAAUACACAAGUAUCGGAACCCAAUGUUGUUGAUCCCGAUAAUUCAUCAAAUGUAGCAUCUUCCUCUUCAACUGCCACUUCAAUAUCGCCUCUAUUAGAUUCCCUCCUUGUCAUUAUGGUUAACAAUAAAGAUAAAUACCCGGAUGAAAUACGUCAUAAUGUGUGUGUGUUAUUAGAAAAAGCUAUCGAAGCUUCUAAUGAUUCAUAUAAAAAAUAUUUCCGUGAUCACAUAAAAAAGUUAUUAGUACCGUUAUUGGAUCCGAACCGAGUGAGACCUAUUUCGGAUACUCUCAAAAGUGACUUUGAAAAACUAAUGCAAAGUUUGACUUAG